UUCCCGGCGGCCCUCGCGGCAGAUUCCGGCGUGAGGGCAAUUCGUGAUGGCGGGGCCUGGUUCCGCUGCUGUAUCCAGGGCGGGGACCCCGGUGGCCGGGCCUGCAGGCCGCGACCUUUUCGCCGAGGGGCUCCUCGAGUUCCUGCGACCUGCUGUGCAGCAGCUCGACUCUCACGUUCACGCCGUCAGAGAGAGCCAGGUAGAGCUGCGGGAACAAAUUGACAACCUAGCUACUGAACUGUGCCGUAUCAAUGAGGAUCAGAAAGUGGCCCUGGAUCUCGACCCCUAUGUGAAGAAGCUACUUAAUGCCCGGCGACGAGUUGUCUUGGUCAACAACAUUCUGCAGAAUGCCCAGGAACGGCUCAGGAGGCUAAACCACAGUGUUGCCAAGGAAACAGCCCGAAGGAGGGCAAUGCUGGAUUCAGGAGUUUACCCCCCUGGCUCCCCAAGCAAGUAACAGGCCGGAAGAUGGUCCCAUGGCCUCAGGAUAGCACAAGUACUGUUUUCCAGCUGCCUCAUUGCCUCCAGGAUAUCCUGAGACAUCAGGACAGUGCUGUCAUUUGUGUUUGAAACACUUAAGUCUUACCCAUUUAAGUGGGAGUCCAAAGAAGCCUAUGUACCUACAGGACUCAGGAUCCCAAAGGAUUUAUUACAGCUCUUGCUUCCUUCCAAGAAUGAGCUGAGACCUCUACAUUUGAUUUUUUUUUACCCUCACCUGAGGACAUUGUUUUCAUCGCUUUGAGAAAUGUGCCCCAACUGGGGAUCAAACCUCCCAACUUGGAUAUGUGACCUGACCGGGAAUCCAAUCCAUGAUCUUGGUCUCCACUCCAGACCACACAGGCCAGGGCUACAUUUAAUUUUUUUAAAGGUACAUACUUAAGACCCAGUUACCCUCAAGCCUAGUUAACCAGGGAGGGGCUUCCUGUUACAUAGUUGGUUGUUGGCACUUGAGCAGCAUAUCCUUUGCCUAUGACUUCUCAUUUUUCUAUUUAUACUGAGGAUUUGGAGGGCAGGCAAAGUCAAUGUGAAUGACCUAUCUACCCUCUUGUGGAUUUCACUAGCUUGAAUGCAGCAGCAGUGUUAAAACAGUUUAAUAAAUGCUCAAACAACAUUCUAGUUUACUCUGGUAUGUGGAAAAGUUCCAAGAGUCUUUGUACUUCAAUUCAAAUACAGCUUCAAAUUGUGAUCUAGUGUUCACAAUGAAAAUAC